CCCACCACCCCUGGCGCAGGGACUGCUGGAACCUGGCGGUGCGCACUGUCGCUUUAAGACAGAUUCUGCCGGCGCCGUCCGGAGCCUUAGAAACCGGCCCGGGACCGGGAGCCCUGUAGCCGGGGCCGGGCGGGCGGCUGGGGCCCGAGCGGCGGGAGCGGAGCGCGGAGCCGGGCGCCCGGUCGCGAGAAGCCGCUGCUGCUGCCGCCGCCCGCCCGGCCCCGCAGCCCCGGGCGGCCCAUGGGGCAGGCGCGGCGGCGCUGCGGGCGCGGGCGGCCCCGGGGGGCGGCCGCUUAGGCUCCGCGCUCUUGUCCCCGCAGGUCGCAGCCAGGACGGCCGGGCGCGCCUAGCCCCGGCCCCUGGAGCGUCCGCCACGGUCCCCGCCUCCAUGGACGCCUUCAAGGGGGGCAUGAGCCUGGAGCGCCUGCCCGAGGGGCUCCGGCCGCCGCCGCCGCCGCCGCACGACAUGGGGCCCGCCUUCCACUUGGCCCGCGCCGCCGACCCGCGGGAGCCGCUCGAGAACUCGGCCAGCGAGUCGUCGGACACGGAGCUGCCAGAGAAGGAGCGCGGCGGGGAACCCAAGGGGCCGGAGGACGGCGCGGGCGGCGCGGGCUGCGGCGGCGCGGAGGACCCGGCCAAGAAGAAGAAGCAGCGGCGGCAGCGCACGCACUUCACCAGCCAGCAGCUGCAGGAGCUGGAAGCCACGUUCCAGAGGAACCGCUACCCCGACAUGAGCAUGCGCGAGGAGAUCGCCGUGUGGACCAACCUCACGGAGCCGCGCGUGCGGGUCUGGUUCAAGAACCGGCGGGCCAAGUGGCGGAAGCGCGAGCGGAACCAGCAGCUGGACCUGUGCAAGGGCGGCUACGUGCCGCAGUUCAGCGGCCUGGUGCAGCCCUACGAGGACGUGUACGCCGCCGGCUACUCCUACAACAACUGGGCGGCCAAGAGCCUGGCGCCGGCGCCGCUCUCCACCAAGAGCUUCACCUUCUUCAACUCCAUGAGCCCGCUGUCGUCGCAGUCCAUGUUCUCGGCGCCCAGCUCCAUCUCCUCCAUGACCAUGCCGUCGGGCAUGGGCCCGGGCGCCGUGCCCGGCAUGCCCAACUCCGGCCUCAACAACAUCAACAACCUCACCGGCUCCUCGCUCAACUCGGCCAUGUCCCCCGGCGCCUGCCCGUACGGCGCGCCCGCCUCGCCCUACAGCGUCUACCGGGACACGUGCAACUCCAGCCUGGCCAGCCUGCGGCUCAAGUCCAAGCAGCACUCGUCGUUCGGCUACGGCGGCCUGCAGGGCCCGGCCUCCGGCCUCAACGCCUGCCAGUACAACAGCUGACCGCCCGGCCGGCCGGCCGCCCGCGGGGCCGCGCGGCGCUGGGCGGGGGGCGGAGGGCGCGCGCCGGCCCCGCUCCCGGCGCCCGGCCUCGUGCCGCCCGCGCAGCCCCUCCUCCCCCGCCUGCCCCCCUCCGGGCUGGUUUUGUGUUUGCUUUUCCGGACCCCACUCUGCCCUCCCAAA